AUGGAGGCGGCCCUCGCCAUCCCUGAGCUCCUCGAGUCCAUCCUGAUCCACCUUGACAUGACCACCCUUCUUGUCUCUGCACAGCGCGUGAGUAAAGCCUGGAAAGCACUCAUAGACGCUUCCCCGGCUGUCCAACAAGCCCUAUUCUUCAAACCGGUGGCUGCUGAAUCGUCGCAAGACUCGAGCGGCGAUGUCGAAAAGGCCUCCGCGACUGGGCAGCAAGAUGACAAGGAGGCCAAAACCAAUAUCAAAAGCUCUCGUCCUGUGAUCAACCCACUCCUAGCCAAAAAGUUCAACAAGUGCUUCUUCGAUCGCGGGCAGACCUAUUCCCUCCAUCGCCGGGCCAACUCGUUCUAUGAGCUUCCCUGGUCGCGUCGACCCGUCCAGACGACUCAAGAAAUCUGGGGAGGAUGGAGCCAGGUCAGACCGGCUGAGCUCAGCGCCGAGGAGAAGCUCGAAGAAGGACAGCUUCGACGACGGUUUACUCGUCGUGGGGCUAGCUGGCGAAGAAUGCUAGUCUCGCAACCUCCGCCGCCGUCCUUGGGAUACAUGAAGUUCGACAUAUCAGACCUCCCACCCGAGGGUCAGAAAGUGGCGAGCGCGUCUCUGAAGCCCGGGUCGGACUCGCCUUUUGUUGAGUUGCGUAUGGGAGAUCUGUAUGACAUUGUGCAACACAACGCCGGCCACCACGGGCGCCAUACCCUCUGGUUCCGGGUUCUUUGGGGGAAGCCCACAAGCCCGUUUGCCAUCACCCGCGUGAAGGAGACGUUCGAGAAGCUGAUGGAAGAGACGCACGUCGUGGUGGAGUUUAUGCAUGCCGACGACAACUCGCUCCCGAACCACCCCAAAGACCCGGUUUCCGAGAGCGCUUUCGAUGCCGCGUUCAAAUGCGACGAGCACCGCAAUCUGGAGUUCGAGCCCAAAGAAGUGUUGGCUUAUCCAUCAGAGUUUCCCAACUUCGACGGACGGUUUGUCGUCUGGCAUUGGCGCUUGCUUGAUCAUGAGAGAGUGCCUCGACAGUAG